AUGUGCGGAAGAACAGCCCUUAUAGUUGUAGAUGUACAAAGUGGCAUCGCGAAUGCCGUUGACGGAGUUCCCGACGCCGAACAAAUCAAACAAGCGAUUGGCCAUAUUCUGAACCUUGCUCGCCAACACAAUCAGAACAUCAUUCAAGACCAGGACAAGAAUCGCAGGAUCGAGAUUCUAUUUGUUCAACAUGACGACCCAGAUCCAGCUGAUCCUUUGCACCGAGGAAAGCCGACCUGGAAUCUGAUGUUCCCACCACAAGAGGAUGUCGCGACUGAGAGGCUAAUCUAUAAGGACGUUGGUAAUGAUAGGCAAGCAAAUGAANCAUUGUGUACUGCGCUGAAGUUCCCUCCAGGUGACAUGUUCACGUCAAACCCAAACCUGGCAACUUCGCUUCGCAUGGAGGGCAUCGCAAAUCUUGUAUUUGUCGGAUUGCAGACUGAUUAUUGCGUUCGAGCCUCAAUACUGGGAGCGAUUGCAGCAGGCUUCGAUGCCUCUAGCAUCAAAUUGCUCCGAGGCGCUCAUUCAACGUACGACAAUGCUACGACAGGAAGAUCCUAUGCACAAGUCAGGGAAGAUGUGGAGGCACAACUGGCAAAUCUUGGAGUACAUUUGCAGGACUGGAAAGAGCUUGCGUUCGAGAAUGGUCUGUCUGGUUAA